AUGUUAACUGACGAUGAUCAACUGAUUGGUGUCUGUGAAAGGGAUGUUGAUAUUAUGAGUGACUUCGGCUACCGUAUCCUCGCAAUCGGAGAGGCAUUCAUCACCUACGCGUUUCCAUUUCUUUUAACUAUUGUCAUGGAUAUUGCAGUACUGUAUCAAUCGGCUAAUUUGAGGGGUUAUAACUCACGUCCAUCAAAACUAUCGUCGUAUCUCAAAGAUGGCCAAAAAAGAGAAGAUAGUAGAGUCAUCAUCCAGUACGAAGAGAUGGUGAAACCAAAAAGAUGA